AGAGACAUAAAGAGGGAGAAAAGAAACCACCUCGGCACCUACUCCUAAAAAUCCUCACUCCUCUCCUCUCCUCUCUCUUUUACAAACUUCCCAAUCGCUACAUAAAUUAAACUUUUUAUUGCUCCCAUUUCCCAUUCCAAGAGCUUUUUCGAGUAGAAAUCGCUGAGGAGAAGCUCAAUUAGGGCUUCUUUGGAGGAGCACCAUUUUUAUGGGCAUUUCCUAUUUUCGAAGCCCUUUGAAAAACCAUCAUCGAAAAGAUCGCAUCUUCGGGGUGGCUUUUACGCCUAAAUUUCUCAGCCAAAAUGGUAACGAAGGGCGAAAAGCCUCGCGCCGAUGCGUCGUCGGAGAGCGACGGCUCCCGGUCCGGCUCCGGUCACGAGGUCGGCCGGUUCCCCGGCUCGCCCGCCGGAGUUGAGGAGGGUUCUCCGAAACGCUGCGUCUCCGAGGGCUCCCUCGACGCGGAGGAUUUGGAGAUAGGGGCCCUCUCCGAGAUCGACCAGAAGCGCGGCGGCGGCGGCGGCGGCGAGAAGCCCGAUAAGGGAAAGCCGAGUAAGGCGGCGGCGGAGAGAGAUUGUAGGAUCUGCCACCUCGGCUUGGAAAGCGCUUCCCCGGAAUCGGGUUUGGCGAUCGAGUUGGGUUGCUCUUGCAAGGAUGAUUUGGGCGCGGCCCACAGGCAAUGCGCCGAGACUUGGUUCAAGAUCAGAGGAAAUAAAACCUGCGAAAUUUGUGGGACAAUUGCUCGCAAUGUAGUCGGUUCGGGCGAGACCGAGUUUAUCGAGCAGUGGAAUGAAUCAAAUAAUGCCACGGCUACACCUGCAUCAACAACUGAAGCGCGCCCCUUUUGGCUAAAUUUGGAGAAUUUUGGUGGAGCGUUCCCUUCUUUUAAUAACCACCUUCACUGGUUGGAAAAAGCUUCAAUAGAAAAUCAGGCGCCUCAAUCGACAGCGGAGGCAUCUUUUAAUCAAAUAGUUCUUACGGAAAGAGAGAAGAUGAGGCAAAAGAGACGUGAUCAAGCUGGAGAUGAGCAUGAGAAAUGGAGCCGAACUCGAGCCUUCAAUUUGUUUGCUUCUGAAUGUAGGAGUGCUUAUGACACAUCUUUGUUAACUUAAUUGUUCGGCAUAAAUUUGUUCUUCUUUCCAUGUCUUCCUCAGUACUGUGACUGUGUUUCUCUCUGAGCAAUAAUACUUCAUGCUCUGUUGCUAGCAAAAUGAGUGGUUUCAAUGCUAAAUUGUUGAAACAUUACAGAGACAAGGAAACCGAGAGGCCGCCUUUUUUUUGGAUC